AUGUCGGCGCUGGCUGUUGGCCAGAAAGGCCGCAAGGGUUCUCGCGCAGAGUCGGCCACGCGGCCGCGGACGAAGCAGGAGACGGAGCCUGAGGCCUCCGGCGAGAGCCGACCCGAUUCCUCAGUUGCAGUCGAAUAUGAAGAACUUGUGGCGGGACUUCUUCCACCUCAUGCGAGGUUUGCAUCUGCAGCUCUAGACUUUGGUCAAGACCUGCAGAGUCACCAGUUCGUCGAGCAUCAGGCGCAGAACGCCCAGGGCUCUCGCAUGCUUGCCUCAGAGUGGGGGCCAGCGCUGCAUGCGCUCCAGCGGUUUGCGCUUGAGGGCGCGGGGGCUGGCGCCGCGUCCUUAUCUGACCAGAUUCUCUCCUUGUCGGCGGAGAAGGCCGGGCAAGAGGCGGGAUCAGGCGGGGUUGCAAAGGGCGAGGACGGCAAUGCUCGAGAGCUUGCCGAACGGCACCUGUUAUCUAGGUGUCUGCGGGCGUUGCAGGAGGACCUUGCCGAGCUUGAAGGCGACGACACAGAGGACGACCGGGAACCGGGAAGAGAGGGAGGGAAGAAUCGAAGCUCAACAGCGCGUGUGCUUGCUCAGCUCCACAAGGGACGUCUGUUUCAGAAAGGCGGGAGACUCUUUACUUCCGUCGACACUGACGACACUGAAAUUUACACUUCCAGCGAUGACGAGCCGUCGGGUUCCGCGGAUGCAGCUGACGCCGUCAGACUCCUCUCGAAAGAGCAGACGCGCCUGGACGCCUCCGUCCUUCCGCUGCGCCAUGCUCUGCGCUCUCUUCGAAGGAUCCAGCGUCGACGCAUGCAAGCUGAACACCUGCUGCUGCAGUGGCGAGAAGACGAUGGGAACCUGAAGAACCUUCAGGCCAUCCUCAGCCUCUGGGCCAAAGACGGGAUCUACUCUGUCGCCUCGGGGGUAGGUGAGGAGGCAGCGCGAGCGGCAGCUGCGCCGGCCGGCGGAGAAAGGCGGAGGAAGAGUUUCGACGCCUUGGGGGUGUCAAGCGGAGAUUCUACCAGCCAGGAGUUAGAGCGAGACGUUGCGCACGCGGCCGAAGAAAUCCGCCGAGUUGAGGAAGUUGAAAAGGGGAAAAGGGCCCCGCGGCGAGAGUUGCAGGAGUGGCGAGCUGCGUCUCGACGUCUGUUGGGAGGCGACACUUCGACGGCCUCGAUCGAGACGGUUCUUGCCCAGUUUCUACCCCCGAGCAGAGCCUGCACUUUGAGUACCGACGCGUAUACUGCGUCCCAGGCUCUCAUCGACAACGACGAGAGGCGUCAGAUGAUUUCGCGGCUUGAGAAGUGCCAGAGGUAUCUUCUGCAGACACAGGCGGGACGCGAAGGCGCGGAGAAGCACGGCAAGGACCUGAGGAAGAACCUGCGACAACUGCUCCAACCGCCACCCUGCUUCGCGCAACACGGCGGGGACGCGCUGCGCUGCGUCGAUUGUGCGUGCUGGCUACUGCAGUUCCAGCACCUCCAACAGAUGGAACUGGAAGGCACGUCGGGCCUUCUGCUGCAGCCGGUUCAAACAGGGUUCGUCCGGCUCCUGCUUCUCCUUAGUCGCUGGCCGCGCAUGCAGGUCCCGUGCGCAGCUCCGCGAUCCUUUAGACUCAGUCUUGCCGCAGCUCUGGAGGAGUUGCGGCUAGACAAGUUCGCGGUCAUGUGGAUGGGCGCCUCCGGUACCGACGAAGCGGCGACUGGCGAAGAAGAUGGUCCUCACGCCGGGAUGAAGGGGCAAACGAAGAAGCUCUACGUUGGACAUUUGGGCGCCAUGUACUCCACCGUUUGGGGCGGAGCAUUCAGUGGGCAGUCAUCGCUGACACAGGAGAUUCUCCUCUGGCUCCGACAGCUGGGCGACGGCGACGGCCUGCACAUGCACACAGACGCAGACAGCACAGAGACAGAGGGCGAGGCAAACCACCGCCGGGAGGUAGCCCUCGCUCGAAAGCGGCAACCGGGAUUUCGGGUAGGCGUUGCAACGAACCGAGAGCGGUCGCACAGGAGCGAGGAGGGCGCAGCGUUCGAAGGUUCCUCGUCGCGCCGAUGGGGUUCGGGAAAGCGAGGGACAGAACACGCUGGAGAGGCCGAUCUGGAGAAAGGGUUCGCGUAUCUUGGCGGGGGAUUCACGCACCUAAAUACGUCUUGGUCUUACAUGCCUUCGAAGCGUCGCCUGACGUACCUGCCUUCUCCCGAUUGCACAGCUGAGACUGGCACGAGUGUACGGGGAGAAAAUGAGCAGGAUGAUGAGGAUGGAAAAAAGCGGAAGGACAGUCGGAAGCCUCAAAGCCGGGACAGCGUCCCAGAGGGAGACGCGCAAGCAGGAUACCGAACGACAGAGACGCUCGGAGGAGGCUCUCUGGAGGGCGGUAUCACAGGUGGCGACGCUUCUCCUUGGGUCAUGGAGUUGAGCAGCAGCGAUGAAUCGGUUCGGGCUUUUGUCAGCGAUGAGGCAAGCUACAGACGCCGGUUCCGUUCCUGGCGUAAGCGGCAAAGUCGGAAAGCCGGCGUGAAGGCGUCUGUGGUGUCUCGAACGUUUGCUAGUGCUACGGGAUCUUCGGCUGGCCUGCUGACAUGUCCGCGCGAUGAACCUAUGGAUGAGGGUUGGCAGGGCCACGUGCUGAACGAAUUUCUCGGGCGUUUGGGUCCUGGAAUCUCUCUGUCCCGGUACACCCAACUCGCGAAUGCGGCGGCAGCCGGUGCAUCAGCUCUUGCUUCCGCCAGCCGCCGGAAGCGUGGAACGCGUCCUCGAAAGCGGCCGCUAGGUGGAUCUGAGGCAUCAGGCUUUGUGCCCGAGUCUCUAAUAUCUUCUGAGCAGGCUUCAGCUAUGCGCGAAUUAGAGGAUUUGCGCCCGAGGCCUAUGUGGAAUGGGGCAGAUAUCUCUUCAGGCGGGUCAAUCGGGUCGUCAGUCUUCAACCUCAUCUCAGAGCCGAAGAAACUUUGUCGCCUGAGAAGGAAGCCUCGAGUCCGCUCCGUGGAAUCCAGCUGGGAUCUGCACAAGCCGAAGCUGUCCCUGAAUACGUCAGAGCACGGCGGUGGUUUGACUAAAGGCUCGAAGCAAACUGACGAGAAGAAACAAACUUCAGCUUUUCCCUUUGGUUUGGUGGCAAAGGGACUUUGGGGCGGCGACCGCGGAGCUCAGGCGAGAGGGAAGACGAGCUUGGAGACGAGAGAAGUUCAGUUGCUCUGCGUGGAUGAAUCUGAGGUCCACACGCGAUUGGGGAAGACAAAGCUGUAUCAGCAGGUUCUGCAUGGAAUGGAAGACAAACUGAUUGGGAGGCGAGAAUUCUACGUGGUAGUCGACGAAGAGAGCCGCGAACUUCGUGUGAUUCCUGCUGGCCGCCUCGUGUUCUUCUUAACAGAAACGCCUCGACAGAGACAGGAACAGUUCCUGUCGCGGUUGUUUGCGGAUCUUCGGCGACGGUCCAGAGGGACUUUCUUGCAGAGUCUCCUGAGUAAAAGAAGAAACGCACGGAAUCUGCUCCUGAUGAAUGCAAUGAUCUGGCAGACCCAGCUCAAACACGUGAAUAAGGCACGUCUCUGUCUUUUGCUGGGUGGCUACUGGCGUGACGCUGCCUUUGCCUCGGCGAGUGCUCCACUCACAGAACAGCACCUUCUCCAAGAUUUCCUCGCUGUAAACGGAGCGUGGCUUUCGAAUCUCUUGGAAAACUCAUCGACGGCGUCAAACGAGAUGCACUCCGGAAGCGUCCACAGUUCCUCGAAACACAAUUCAGCCCGACAGCUGAUUGCGGCAAUUCGCCGCCGGUGGUUACCUGCUGAUCCAAACGCACGUCGGGCACGCGAAGAGAAGUCUCUGGGUACUUUCCAGAGAGACACUCCAGCUGUCAACUCAGCCGCUGCGCACAUGCAGCUUCCAUCUGAAAUCCUUGUGAGAAUCGACGAGGCCGCUGAAGACGCUGCGAUAAUUGCAGGCGCAGCUGUCGCCGCUGCGGAUCGAAGAACCCGAGACAUCAAGGUUUACCUGACAGCCCGCUGUGUCUACGCCUUGCAAAAGAGGGAGGAGCAAGCAUUCACGCGACGCAUGCGCCAGGUGGAGAAUACUGGAACUAAGGGGGGUUCUGCUGCUUCUGCGAGUGUCGCUGGAGGCUUUUCCGCAGACGUUCUCCGAAGUCAGUAUAAUGCCUUCACGGCUGAAGUGGGAAGCCGCAGUGCGGCCUUGAAGGGAGAUUUCGAGACGCAGGACGCGGGAGCAACCCUUGAGGAUCGCUUGCAGGAGAUGCUUCCUCCUUUCAACGCGUCAGCCGUCAGUCGUGAGGAACUCUUCGACGUUGGAAACAUUUUCCCCGUUAACCUGGUCCAGAGCGAGGAAGGCGCCUACAACUCCUUCUCUGCCUCGCCGUUUGCCACCCUCGUAAAAGGUGGCAGUCGCGCCAGUCAAGUCGACCUCGUAGCGAUGAAGGAAAGCUGGGGCACUUUCGCCGUGGACUUUGCUUGCUACGUUGCCCACGAGCGCCGCGUCCGCCAGGAGCAAGCUAAAGGAGGAGGCCCGCUUCUGUCUUCAUUCUCUGUCGACGAUUUUGCUCGGCUCACUAAAGUUCUACGAUGUCUUGUAGUGUUAUACUCUCGUCAGAAUAAGACAUUCUCGGGUCAUGCCGGGCUUAGCAACAUAUUUCGCGUCCAUCUCGGUCGUGAAUCUGGCGACACUGCAAGCACUUCUUCCGACGUCCCGCCUCUUCCAGUCAUUCAGUGGAUUUCCCGAACAUUUCUCCAGCCAGACGAACAGGAGCAACUCAUUCUUACGAGAGCCAAGAAAACCAAGCUUUUGGCAACAAUCCUGUGGAUCUGCGUGGCCACGUCGAAUGACUGGAAGUUCGACUUCGAAAGCUUGUUGGUGCACGAAUGGAAAGGUCGUUACGUUUCAAACUUUGAAGCAUGCGCCUCUCUUAUUGGCUUGAAACACACAGGAAAUACCUCGAAACCGCGUGAGUACCGACUUCAACUCCCCUGCCCCCUAACAACCGGCGAGUCGAAGGAAGCAGCCCGUCGUGCCCGGACUUUAGCCCCUAUCCAGUCGCUCCUCGGCGACGACAAGAAAAAGCGACGCCGAGGCCGUUAA